GUAUUUUUGAGCGUCAAAAGACCGGAAAAACUGGUUGGUACACAUUGCACGGUUCUGCAGUUUCGUCUUAUAUCUUCGCUGCCUUCACGGGAACGUGCAGUUUUGAUCAAUGGAGUCCUACAGGAGAGACGCGCCUGUCACGCUACACAGUUUCAAUGUGUUCGAGGACUCGCCUCUGACCACGAGGGAAAUUCAUAAACCAUUAAAUGACAAUAAAGAUUCGAGUAAUGACACUAAUGUAGAAAGAGAGACCUACGGUUCACCACUGUCUUCACUGGAAGAGCUACAGGAACAGCUGGACGGGGACAAUGAUAAUUCAGGUGGGACAGAGAGGAACCAUGGCCCGGAACAGAUGACAGUGGUUGAUUCAGACUCGGGCCAUAGGAAUCCGAGUCGUUCAUACAUAGAUGAAGCGUUACCAGAUCUGCUCCGGAGUGGAAGUCCACUGCGCAGACGUGUGUCCAGUCCGGUGUCUGUCACGCUUAAGCAGGUGAAGAAAGAAGUUGAGUUAUCUCGGCAACGCAGUCUAAGGCUUAAGGCGCAGGUGGACCGACUACAACAGCAGAGCGAUAGUGGGCCUGGAUGGAGUCAAAACAGACAGCGGGUUACAGAGGAAGUUCAGUCUAUUGUAAAGUUGCUGCUCCCUCUAACAGACAUAAAGGAUUUAGAUCUGCCUUCCAAGGCAAACCCAUUAGACACAGCAUUGUUACAGCUGCAGAAUGUGGCCCGUAGACUCGCCCUUAAUCAAACAGCUCAGGGAAGGAAUAAAUCAGAGGAAGAUACCGCCAUUUUACAGCAAGCCUUACGUGACAGAGAUGAGGCAAUUGCAAAAAAACAAGCAAUGGAGACUGAACUAUUGAAAAGCAAGAAUGAAAUGAUGAUGCUGAACAACCAACUUUUAGAGGCUGUUCAAAGUCGACUUGAACUCUCCGUAGAGCUGGAAGCCUGGAAGGAUGAUGUGCAGACCAUCCUUCAUCACCAGCUUGUCAAACAGCAACAGGAAGAACAGGCUAAGAAGUCUAGAGGGUUUGGUGUUCUGCGGCGAUCGAAUAAACCUCUUCCUCCGAAGCCUAGUAUUUCCACCGUGACACACGACCCUGUGUCCACUUCACGAUCUUCGUCCCCUAUCACUUUAUCUUCUAUCACUUCAUCUCCUAACACAGGAACACCGAGGUGGAGGGAAAAAUUCAAACGUGGCAAAACCAGCAUGCAAGAACCUGCUGCUGAGUUUCAGCCACAAAGAAUCAACAGAGAAGACAAUUUUCAGGUUGUUUCUCUGGACUGAUGAGCUAUAGGAUUACUAAUAAGUAACUUCUGAUUAAGUAUGUUGGCAUUGGUCGGAUGUGUGUGAAUUAGAAUGUAUUGUUCAGAAUGUAUUAAAUGAGGCCAACAGACAAAAAAUGCACCAUUUAAGACAUGCAUACAUUUAUAAAGCUGAUUAUUUGGAAUAAAGCAGUGGAUUUGCAAUCACUUGCAUUAGGUUAAAAAUGUGAAUUUAUUAGGUAACACAUUUUCACACAGAUAUACCUUGGCAUGCAAAGGCAAUACAUCCAUUCACACUGCUCAACAUGUUGGCUCAUAAUGUAACUGCCUGUAGGACAACAUACUCUGUCAUGACUUGUUUAAAACAAAAUGUAUUGUAUAAUAGUUAUCAAACGAACACAACAUAUUUCUAAAAUACAUUCAUCUCCACUUUGACAUGAACAAUAUUGCAUAAGGGCACAAAAUAGUUUAUUUUCUAAUUUACUGUAUAUGGAUUAUAUUUACAAUUACAAAUAUUAAAUCCUGUGAGCGCCAUGAUUACAGACAUCAAUUGUAUAUAUAUAUAUGUGUUUUUGUAAAUAAGCUAC